GAGAAGAAGGUAAGGCUGUUGGGUGGUGGGAGGCUCAUCGCUUUUCUGGCCAGUGACUGGAGAGGGUCCUUAUUUAGAGAAAGGGUCCUGGAAAUGACCAUCAACUACUGCAGCCCUGAGCUGAUUCUCCUCGGCAGUUUUCUCAUACCUGGCAUCACUCAGUGAAAAACUCCAUUCCGUGGCCCUCUUGUGCACCGGAGUGUUUGCUGAACCAAGGCCUGGCCCUCCUUGCAGCCUCCGAGAACUGGCUGGGGGGCAGAAUGGGCGAGACAAGCAUGAGAAAAAGGAGAGAGGAUGAGAAGUCCACCCAGAGCAAGGAGCCCAAGACCACAAGUCUCCAAAAGGAGGUCGGCCUGUUCAGUGGCAUUUGCAUCAUCGUGGGCACCAUCAUCGGCUCUGGGAUCUUCAUCUCCCCCAAGUCUGUGCUCAGCAACACGGCAGCUGUGGGGCCCUGUCUCAUCAUAUGGGCGACCUGCGGGAUUCUCGCAACACUGGGCGCUCUGUGCUUUGCAGAGCUUGGUACGAUGAUCACCAAGUCGGGGGGCGAGUACCCUUACCUGAUGGAGGCCUUCGGCCCCAUUCCUGCCUAUCUCUUUUCCUGGACCAGCCUGUUCGUCAUAAAGCCCACAUCCUUCGCCAUCAUCUGUCUCAGCUUUUCCGAAUACGUUUCUGCACCCUUCUACUCAGGCUGCGAGCCUCCCAAAGUUGUUGUGAAAUGCCUGGCUGCGGCUGCCAUCUUGUUCAUCACCACAGUGAACGCUCUGAGUGUGCGGCUGGGGAGCUACGUCCAGAACGUGUUCACAGCAGCCAAGCUGGUGAUCGUGGCCAUCAUCAUCGUCAGCGGAAUUGUCCUCCUGGCCCAAGGAAAUACAAAGAAUUUUGAAAAUUCUUUUGAAGGCACAAAAGUGUCUGUGGGAGCCAUCAGUCUGGCAUUUUAUAAUGGACUCUGGGCGUACGACGGAUGGAAUCAACUCAAUUACAUCACAGAGGAACUGAGAAACCCUUUCAGAAACCUGCCCUUGGCCAUUGUCAUCGGGAUCCCACUGGUGACAGGGUGCUACAUCCUCAUGAAUGUCUCCUACUUCACCGUGAUGACUGCAACCGAGCUCCUGCAGUCCCAGGCUGUGGCCGUGACGUUUGGUGACCGCGUUCUCUACCCCGCCGCGUGGGUCGUCCCGCUCUUUGUGGCGUUCUCCACCAUCGGCGCCGCCAACGGGACCUGCUUCACGGCGGGCAGACUCGUGUACGUGGCAGGCCGGGAAGGCCACAUGCUGAAAGUGCUCUCAUACAUUAGUGUCAAGCGCCUGACUCCAGCCCCCGCCCUUAUCUUUUAUGGUAUCAUAGCAACUAUUUAUAUCAUCCCUGGUGACAUAAACUCAUUAGUCAAUUACUUCAGUUUUGCCGCAUGGAUGUUUUAUGGCUUGACGAUUCUAGGACUGAUUGUGAUGAGGUUUACAAGGAAAGCAGCAGAAAGACCGAUCAAGGUGCCCAUUUUCAUCCCCAUCUUGGUGACUCUUGUGUCUGUGUUUUUGGUUCUGGCGCCAAUCAUCAGUGAGCCCGCGUGGGAGUACCUCUACUGUGUGUUAUUUAUACUGAGCGGCCUAAUAUUUUACUUCCUUUUUGUCCACUAUAAGUUCGGAUGGGCCCAGAAAAUCUCAACUUGUCUGAACAAAGAAGUACCACCAUUCCUUCAGGGCCUGUCACCAUGCACCUGCAGAUGCUACUGGAAGUGGUCCCGCCAGAGGAAGCCCCGGAGUAGUCGCUCUGUCUCCUGGAACCAAGUCUAAGCUGUGGUGACUUUAGUUUUGUAAGCAGUAUUUGAGGUUAUUUCUUACUGAUGCUUUCUUAAGAAAAAGAAUGUAUUCAGAUGUUUAUAAUACUGUUAUUUUCAGAUAUCCUUAACUCUUUGGGUGGGGGUUCUAGACAGGCACAGGGACGGGUGGCUGCUCACGUUAGCAGGUGCAGGUGCACUCAACAGAUGGCUGCCAGCCAG